AUUUUUUUCCAUCAGCCCAAAUUUUUUUUUACAGCAAAACCGUUUUUCACGCAUAAAAAAAAAAAAAUAAACUUCCCUUCUCCCCCCCAGCUUCGUUAAACACGUUCCCUAUCCUUUCUUCCACCUUGCAAUGACUGAUACGUCGGCUGGUAAAAUGGGGAGGAAGCAUACUAGUAGUAUGUCCUGGGAUCUAUCAGCAUCGCCUAAUGAAGUCCCAACCCAGAGUAAAUCCACACGCACUCCGACCAACCACACGCUGCUUGCUCCACAAGUCCACCCAACUCCAUCUGUAUCUACGCAUUCCCAUCUCCGGAACCCUUUUGCCCGUCAUCAACAUUUGCCACGGAGAAGAUCUUUGGAUAAUCCAGCAGAAAUGGUCAAUCCACAAUCACGUUCAUCCAGCCCUACCAGGAAACAAGAAGUACAGUAUCCCAGGGGAGGUCGACAAAUUGGUGCAGAACCACCAAAACCUUUGAGCAGAAGCAAUUCUGGUGAACAUCGGCAGAUUGAGCAGCCUACCGAAACACACGCUCCUCAUAAGAAGCGACAUUUGUUUGGUCGAUUUGGCAAAAAGAAAAGUCAUUCAAAUUUGAAUACGAUGAUGAUGACACCAAACUCUUCCAGUGCAUCGAUCCCGUUAUUCUCAUCAGGCUCAUCUACGCCUAAUCCACCACCUACUGCGAACCGCAAACGAUCCGAUGGCUCUUCCGAUACAUUUCAUUCCAUAUCUAGUUUCACACCCAAUGAUGAAGCCUACUUUGCGCCGCAAUGGGGCCCUCAUUUCUAUGCGGUUCCACCAAAACGCAAUCAAGGUACGGCUGCUAGCAAAAGACGAUCUGAAAAAGGAGAUAUACCAGCUUUCAAGGAUGGAAGAGAAACCGAAUUGGAUCAGAAUUUUGAUAGCAUGGAAGGCAUAGUCAACACUGAGUAUCAUUCAAAUCAAGGCAGCCAAUCAACUUUGCACCCAGAAUCAUUUUUCGCCAGCUCAGUCUAUAGCAGUGAUACAGAAGCAUGGUUACCUCCUGACAGUUGGGCAGUCCAACCCGCUCCGUCCUUUUCCACGCGGUAUCCUGGUACAAGCACACCUAUUGAGUCUUACGACAAAGAGCCGGAAGAUGAGGAAGGCUUCUCAACCGUCGACCAAGAGAAAUGGGAGCAUAGUCGUAAAAAUUACUGUAUUCGAAUUUUUAGACCAGAUGGGACGUUCACAACGUUGCAAGUGCCUUUGCAUACACAAGCAAGCGAGCUUGUCACCCGACUGGCUGGAAAGUUCUUUUUGCCCGACAUUAGUAAAUAUGGCCUUCGCAUGCGUCGGCAUAAACUAGAACGUAUCUUGGCUCCAAAUGAGCGACCCUUGCAGAUUCAAAAGCAGUUGUUGGAGCAGAUUGGGUAUACUGAUCUAGAUAGAAUAGAGGAUGUUGGCAGAGAGGACAAUUCUUACUUGGUACGGUUUACAUUUGGACCUAUCGUCGCUCAUACAUUACAAGAAGAAGAGCUCGAUUUUGGCAACUAUCAACACGUGGAUCUACAAGCAUGCAAUCUACCAGCCAUUCCUAUUUUCCUCUACCGUCAUGCUGCUCGCAUUGAGCAACUGGAUGUUAGCAAAAACCUUUUGAUCGAAAUACCCAUCGAUUUUGUUCAAAUGUGCACCAGUUUGCGGGUUCUUCGGCUGAUAAACAACGACUAUGUUAUGAUCCCGCCUUCGGUUCGAUACAUCCGAUCGUUGGAGCAACUCAAUAUAUCCAGUAACCGACUACGCGAAUUACAACAUGCUCAGUUGGAACAAUUGGAACAUUUGACGUCCUUGACUGCCUUUAACAAUUGUCUGGACUCUCUGCCACCGUCGUUUGCCAACUUCAAGCACUUGACUACCCUCAACAUCUCUAACAAUUCCUUCACCGAAUUUCCAACUAUCAUUUGCCAAAUCACAAGCUUGUUGGAUUUAGACGUCAGCUUCAACAAAAUCACCGAUUUCCCAUCCGAGAUUGGAUCUUUAGUCAAUUUAGUUCGUAUGUGGGCGGUGGCAAAUCAAUUGACUGGCCAACUGCCUCAAAGCUUUCGAUUUUUGGCACGCUUGAAAGAGCUGGAUAUACGGCAAAAUUUGAUCACUGAUAUGGAGGUCUUGAGCUGCUUACCAAGUUUGGAGAUUCUAUUUGUUGAUUACAAUGCCGUGAGCAUCGUUAACAACGAAUUCAAAAACCUGCGACAACUCAAAAUGUGCAAGAACCACCUCACACAGUUCAACUUGAGUCCUCCCAAUCAACCCACCACUGAAGAUACGACUGGUAUACCUAGGCAGAUUGAAGGAUUCCCUGGUAUGACAGGAUCAGUGCUAACUGAGCUGAAUAUUUCGAGCUGCAAACUCUCUUCUUUGCCGGAAGACAUGUUUUCGCAAGUGACAGCUAUCGAGAUCUUAGUUCUAGACAACAAUACUUUGAACUCAUUGCCGUCUAGCAUCGGCGAAUUGCGAAUGCUCAGCAAGCUAUCAGUGCAAAACAACCUGUUGUCUAGUGUUCCUGUCGAGAUUGCAAAACUCGGUCAACUCAAGAGCUUGGACCUGCAAAAGAACAAUUUGAAAACUUUGCCAAAGGAAAUUUGGUUAUGCUCUGCUCUUCAAAUGUUGAAUUGUUCGUCCAAUUUGCUUGAAACGUUCCCUGAACCUUACUCUGCUCCAGGCGUAGCUCUGCACUUGGCACUCGGUCCGCAAGCACAAACUGUUGUUACUCCCACCGUCAUGGCCAAUGCUGCUUCCGAUCUUCCGCAAGGCACCGCACUAGGAAGUAAUGCAGGCCAAGGCAUGGUUCCAUUGCAAUCUACCAACAUGCCACUUCAUUUGAUCAAUCCAAAUGCCAAUAAUACCCAUAUUCAAAUGUUUGACAGUUCUGCCAAAAAUCCACCUUUGCCUGCAGAUUACCUUCCUCGAACAGACUCUUUACCAAACAAUACCAAUGAGCGACGGUCGAGCAACACGUCAAGUAUCUCCACACAAAAUAAUCCAAGUGGUGUGACUUCACCACAUGCUCCACCUAACUUCAAUCCACCAUCUUUCUUCGCUAGCCCACGUAACCAUCCUCCACCACUCUCGCUAUCGCUGCGACAGCUAUUCUUGGGUGACAAUGGUUUAACAGAUGAUGUGUGGUCGCCGCUAUCAUUGUUCCUUGAACUCCGCACUCUCAACUUGAGCUUUAAUGACUUGUACGAUAUACCUUCUGAGUGCCUUUGUCAUCAACAUUUAUACGAAUUGUAUCUCUCUGGAAAUCAAUUGGCUUCCCUGCCGGCGGAUGAUAUCGAAAAGCUUAGCUAUCUACGUGUUCUUGCUGUAAAUGGAAACAAGCUCCAAACUCUACCCGCUGAAAUCAAGAAGCUACGAAAGCUACUUGUACUGGAUGUAGGAAGCAAUGUCUUGAAGUACAACAUUGCCAAUUUAGAAUACGAUUGGAAUUGGAAUCAUAACCUGGGUCUUAAAUAUCUCAAUCUUUCCGGUAAUAAGCGAUUGGAGAUCAAAGUUCAUAAAGACAUAGAAGACUUUAGCGCAUUGUCAAGACUACGCGCCUUGGGUUUAAUGGACGUCACAAUUCUUGUUUCUGUUCCUGAAGAAACUAAUGAUCGCCGAAUUAGAACCUCCCCUUCGGAAGUCAACAGCAUGGCGUACGGUGUUGCAGACUGGCUAGGUCCCAAUGAUCAUUUGGCCACUUGGGAUCUGGUUAUGCCACGAUUCCGAAUGCGCGAUGAUGAGUGUCUCUUUGGACUUUACGAUGGACGAAAGACCACCAAAUCAGGUUGCAAAAUCACCAAAUACCUUAACGACGCGUUCACUAUCCACUUUACAACCGAACUUAAGAAGGUCAAAAAUGACGAUACAACCGUAGCGGCACUUCGUCGAACGUUCUUGUCCUUGGAGAAGGAACUUGGUUCUACUGUUAGCGAUGAUAAAUCCCUGGGUGCGUCAGCGGUAGUGUGCUACAUUUCUGGCACGAAGUUGUACGUUGCUAACGUUGGCGACGCUCUCGCCGUCAUCUCCCGCAACAAUGGCCAAGCGUAUGAAAUCACGCAAAAGCACAUUCCAUUGAAUCCUAGCGAAAUCUCAAGAAUUCGAGCCGCUGGCGGCUACAUUUCGAACUCGGACACAUUGAACAAUGAACUUCACGUUUCCAGAAGUUUUGGUCAUUUUAGAUUGAUCCCCGUUGUGAACGCCAAUCCAUAUGUCUCCACUAUUGAUCUCACUGAAGAGGACGAAUUCGUGAUCAUGGCUUCGAAAGGACUUUGGGAGCGCAUGUCGUAUCAAAGUGCCGUCGACAUUGCUCGAACUGAAAAAGAAGACCUGAUGUUAGCUGCGCAAAAGUUGCGUGAUUUUGCCAUUACGUAUGGAGCUGACGAUAAUAUCAUGGUCAUGGUCAUCGGAGUGGGCGAUAUGUUUGACAAGCGUGACAAACGAUAUCGUGUAAAUAGAGGGGGUAAUCUUCCUGGCGGAAGAGCAGGCAGCGCAACCGAUGGUGGUGGCAUUCUCCUUGAAGACGGAUCUACUACGCCUGGCCCUCUUUCAUUGGUUGGUAAGAAUAAGCGUCGUGGAAAAGAAGGCGGUCCGGGUGAUUCUACAUUGGCUCGUUUGGACCGUGAGGUUCCACCUCCCAUCAAUCAAGUGGCUCUCGUCUUCACAGAUAUCAAGAACUCCACUCUGCUUUGGGAAACUCAGCCUGAAGGAAUGCGAUCCGCUAUCAAAAUACACGAUUCCGUCAUGCGUAGAACUCUGCGAAGUGUUGGAGGUUACGAAGUCAAAACGGAAGGUGACGCUUUCAUGGUCUGUUUCCAAAAUAUUACAUCUGCGCUUCUGUGGUGUUUCACUGUACAAUUGCAACUACUGGAAGCUGACUGGCCGGCUGGAAUCUUGGAUACUGAAGAUGGUCGAGAAAUCGAAAAGGACGGCGUGGUCAUUUACAAGGGACUUUCUGUCCGCAUGGGUAUCCAUUGGGGAUCUCCUGUAUUUGAACGUAACCCUAUCACUGAUCGCAUGGAUUACUUUGGACCUGUUGUCAACAAGGCAGGACGUAUUUGUACCGCGGCGGACGGUGGGCAAAUCUGUGUAUCAUCAGACGUUAUUGCUGCCUUACGAAGCUUCCCUGGCGUUUUGGAAGGCGAUGAAACCCAAAGCCCUGAGUCUUCUCUGGCUGGAGAUGAUCUCACAUCUGUCAUAGCUGGAAGCGGACGAUCCAUCAGUAAAGAUAUCGUGCAGCUAAGACGUUUAGGAUUCCACGUUAUGGAGCUUGGUGAGCGACGCUUGAAAGGAUUGGAAACGCCAGAGUUGCUCAGUAUGGUAUACCCCAAGCAACUUGCUGCUCGUAUGGAGCUUGACAAGAUGGAACUAUUGUCGCAUGGUGGAGUCGUGCCACCCGCCAACAUCACCCCUCCGCCUCUCAUUGGAACACCCGCCAUUAAUAUCACUGAAACUGGCAAUUCGUCAGGUUCGCCGGUUGGAGAUCAUGUUGCUCCAUCGCACACCUUCUCACGACUUUUAGAAUCCAAUCACAUACGCUCACUCGUUCGGCUUGCCCUCCGUCUUGAAGGUGUUGCCUCCGGCAACAUACUGCAACCAACCUUUCAAAACUCUCUGCUGGAAGUCAAUAUCAACUCUGCUGCUUCCGAUGAGCAAAUUUUGCAUCUGGUUGAAAAUCUCGUUACUCGUAUAGAGAACGCAGCGUCGAUGAUGUACCUUCAAAAAAUGGGACGGUUCACAAGGGUCCUCGAGAAAUUGGGAGAGGCCAUUGAAGUGGAUCCGUCUCAUAUCUUACGAGCAUUGCAAAUGUAUGCUGAUGUUAUGGGAGCAGGUGACCCGCCGUCUGGAACUGAGGAACAAAUGAACCGGUACUAGUAAUGCUCUAUCCAGCAGAACAUUGCACACACCAGAGUCCGUCGCCCGUUCCACUUAUUGCUCUUUCCUUUCAUUUGAAAGCAAUCAUACCACUAUAACACACACAUACUUUGCACUUCCAAGCGUUAUUAUUUCAUCUUUCUUGGUCAUACAUCUGUCUUCAAAUAAUUGAAAAUGACUGUACAUAGCUUCAUUAUUGUUUUCUUAUCAUUCAUUCAUUUGUUCUUUUUGUUUGUUGUAUUUCGUUCCGUUUUUAUAAAUGCCACGGAUUAGAAAAAUUCUUGCCAGUACGAUUCAAUCGAG